AUGACGUCCCCCCAGGACUUCAAGUCCCUCCAGGACAAUGUCCAGGCUGCACUCGUCGCCACCGUCAAGUCGGUCAAUCGCGUUUCCGCCCAAGAUCUGCCUUUCCUGCGCGCUGUCGAUCCCAGCGUCGGCGAGGACCUCGACGCCAAAACCACCCGCAUCCUCGAGCUGUCGACAACCCUUCUCAAGUCCGCCGCCGACGUAUGCGGCCUCAAUGCGCCCGAUCUCGAAGAUACCGACGACAUUGACAUGCGAUGGCGGAGCAUCGUCGACAUUGUCGAUUCCGUUCUCGAGAAGGCCGACACUUCCAUCGACGAAUAUACCGGAGCUCUGAAGAGGAAGGAUGCGCCCGCCGCCGAUGCCGCUCCUCAGGCCAAAAAGCCCAAAACAACCGGGACCGUUGUCCGCAGUGCGAACAUCACGAAACCUCAGCUCCAUUUUGCUCAGUUGGUCGACAACAAUGCCCCGUGGAAGCCCGUCAUCACCAAGAAGCCCCACGCCAAGGUCCCACUCGAGGAGAGCCUGGUAACCGUCGAAACGGACGAUGGCUUUGUUCAGUACAAGCAUCCCUAUGAAGCCGAGAUCAUCGAGGCGAAAUAUCCCAACAGAGUCUACGAGCAAGCCGAGCCGAUCCCCUGGCAACCUGUCGAAACCACCGAAGCCACCUUCGUCGAUACCUACGAGGGCGUGUUGGACAUGUUGGAGGACUUAAAGAAGGCGAAGGAAAUCGCCGUCGACUUGGAACAUCACGAUUUCAGGACUUACGUCGGACUUACGUCUCUCAUGCAGAUCAGCACAAGGGAAAAGGACUGGAUCGUCGAUACUUUGAAGCCUUGGAGAGGCCAGCUUGAAGUGCUCAACGAAGUCUUUGCCGAUCCUAGCAUCAUCAAGGUCUUUCACGGCGCAUUCAUGGACAUGGUAUGGCUGCAGCGCGAUCUCGGACUGUACGUGAACGGUCUCUUCGACACGGGCAUGGCAUGCGAGGUGCUGCACUAUCCGCAAAAGAGCUUGGCCUUUUUGCUCAAGAAGUUUGUCAACUUUGACGCCGACAAGAAGUACCAGUUGGCCGACUGGAGAGUGCGUCCCCUGUCCGAGGAAAUGCUCUACUACGCCCGUUCCGACACGCAUUACCUCCUUUACAUUUACGACAAGAUGCGCAAUGAGCUCGUGAUGAAGUCGGACCGUGGCAACCCCGGCAGCGACUAUAUUGAGGCGGCCCUCCAAAAAUCCAAGACUCUUUCCUUGAGCCGGUACGGAGGUGAAACAUUCAAUCCUAAGACCGGAAAGGGCAGUAAGGGCUGGUACAACACCCUCCUCAAGCACCCAAUGCCCUUCUCAGGCCAGCAAUUUGCUGUUUACAGGGCUAUCUGGGCUUGGCGAGACGAGGUGGCCCGGAGAGAAGACGAGAGCACUCCGUUCGUCCUGCCCAAUGGCAUCAUCGGCGACAUCGCAAAACACAUGCCUCCCGACGCGAAAGCCCUCCACGCUCUCAUCCCGAAUCAUGCCUUCCUCGCAAAGCGGAACGUGACGGAAAUAUGGAAACGCUACCAAGAAGCGAGGGAACGGGGCGUCAACGAGCCGCGGCUGCUCGACUUCUUCAAGUCAGAACUUCCCAAGGUUGCGGCCAAGCCUUUGGCGGAAGUCGCAAGCGAGGAUGCUGUUGAUGCUGCCCUUGAGCCCGUCCAGCUGGCGCAGUCUCAGUUGUUCGGUGGCAUGCCCCUGAGCUCAGCCUGGGAAGCGGUGUCUUCUGCGGCCAACGGCCUCGGUGAGUACGUCAUGCUCCCUUGGCAGAAGUUUGUGCAGGAUGCGAAAACCGUCGAGGUAUCUGCUCAGGAGGACGUGACCAUGGAGGGAGGCAUCGAGACCGAAGCCGAGGCGGCGGCCGCCGCUGCUGCUGCUGCUGCUGCUCAGCCCGAGGCGCCUGAGCCGGAGGAGGAAUUCACCCUCAAGACAGGCACCAAGAGAAAGGCCCCGGUAGAGGACGUUUCCGAUGGCAGUGACGAAUCGGACUCGGACGAGGGCUCCAUCGACAUAGUCUUGGAGAGGCCAGAGUCAGAGAAGAAGUCGGGCAAGAAGGGCAAGCUCAGCGCCAGCGAGCGCAAGGCAAAGGUGGCGUCAACAAGGGCCGACAAGAUCACACGCUACACGGAGGAAUUAGAAAAGGCCCAGGCUGAGGUCGAGCGUCUGACCAAGGAGCGGGCCAAUGCCACGCAGCUGGAGGAGGCUCAGGGCAUCGCUGCAGAAAAGCAGGAGAAACUGGAGAGAUACCGAUCAGCGCUCGACAAUCGCAAGACCAGGGCCGAACGCAAGAAGGCAAAGAAGGCAGAAAAGGCCAAGAAGGAAGCGGAGAAGGAGGUCAAGGAGGCGGCAAAGAAGGCGAAGAAGGCUGCGAAGAAGGCCGCGAAGGAGGCCAAGAAGGUCGAGGAGGAGGCUGCCGCCGUGGACUCGAGUGACAACGACGAAGAGGAGGAGACGUUCGACUACAGCAAGGCGACGUCAGUGCUCCACGCGAACCGGACGGGCAACCGCGGCAAGGCGCACGUCAAGCCGACGUUCGACCCGUACUCGAAGACGGGCAACGACCCACUCAAGGGUGCGAGGAAGGCAGUGCCCCCAAGAGGAGAGAGGAGCGCCACCUUCAAGAAAUGA